GUCAAUGCGGCAGCACGGUGUUAAGUUCCUCUUUGGGUCGGUCUGCUCGUGACGUGUAAUAAGCGAGUAGUUCGACAAACGGUGCAGGUGACUAACAUGAAGUUUGCAAGUUUCGUCUCUCAGUGAUUCGUGGACAAAGUAGAUCCGGUCGUCGUCGUUUGGCAGUGAGAAUGCCUCGCAUGGUCGGUGGUGGAGGUGGACGAGCUGAUCGGAAUGUGAGGAGGCUCUUCUUUCUGCUAGCCGCUGUGUUGCUGUGUUCGCUCGGAGUUGCCGCCGUGCCAGAAGAGAAACCAGUUCCAGAGAAGCUCCCACUGGAGAAAGCAGCGAGUCCUCACCCAGAAGGUCCGGUACUUCCUGAAGAUGGCCAGAGUAAAGGAAACCUGGGUUUCAUUCACGCCUUUGUGGCCUCCAUCUCAGUUAUCAUUGUCUCCGAGUUGGGAGACAAGACAUUCUUUAUCGCGGCGAUCAUGGCCAUGCGAUAUAACCGGCUCACCGUCCUGGCAGGUGCCAUGCUGGCUCUCGGGCUUAUGACAUGUCUAUCUGUGCUGUUUGGGUAUGCAACCACUGUCAUCCCGAGAAUCUACACAUACUAUGUGUCUACAGCUCUGUUUGCCAUUUUUGGUGUACGGAUGCUGAGAGAAGGGUUGAAGAUGAGUCCAGAUGAAGGUCAAGAGGAGCUGGAGGAGGUGCAGGCAGAGAUUAAGAAGAAGGAUGAAGAGCUGCAGCGCUCCAAAAUGGCCAACAGCUCUCCAGAUGUGGAAGCUGGAUCCGGGGUGGUAGCGCCGCAGAGAAAGUGGCACAGCAUCAUCUCCCCAAUCUUCAUCCAGGCCCUCACACUCACCUUCCUCGCCGAGUGGGGCGACAGAUCACAACUCACCACUAUCAUCCUAGCAGCUCGAGAGGAUCCAUUUGGAGUUGCAGUUGGUGGAACGCUUGGACACUGUCUGUGCACAGGACUGGCUGUGAUUGGUGGAAGGAUGAUUGCGCAGAAGAUUUCUGUCAGAACAGUGACCAUCAUUGGAGGGAUUGUGUUCCUGGCAUUUGCCUUCUCUGCACUCUUCAUCAGGCCAGAAGCUGGAUUUUAAUUGGACACUCUGUUCCCUCUGUACAUAUGUUUAAAACAUGGAUGACUUGCAGUAGAAAAGCUAGAUUUUUGACUGUACAACGUGUCUACCGAAAGCCGAAAUCUGAUCUCUCCUGCCCUCCUCCCUACAAGCCUCUGUGACCUCCAGCAAUUGUGUUCCUCGGUCUUUGGGUGAGGCCUCUAAGCCUCACGGGAAAUGUAGUGUCUAUGUUCCAGUCCUUGUAGUUCAGAGAAUCAAAGGAUGUUGUGGAGCAGAGGCAUUAUGGGAGAAGGUUUUUAAUUCUCCACAGAUGUUAUCUGGAGGUUGUUCUGAUCUCAUACAGUCCUUUCUCUUCUUGGUUUUAAAUGUGAUUGAGAUGAACAGAGGCCAGAAGUGUUCACCAGUCACUCAUGGGUUGAUGAGCGUCUGUCAGUAUUCCAGCAAAACUGCAGUUCAGAGGUCAACUCCAGAGGACUCCAACUUCUCUGCAAAUGAGAUGAAAGAACUGAGAGCACUUUCGCUUUUCAACCAAAUUAAUGAAAGCUCUUUUGGGAAAUCGAGCCUGCAGUCUUUGGGACUUCAGCAAUACAUCCUUCCUCCUUUCGAUGGGUUCUCCUUUCCCCACACUGGUUUGAUAACAUGUUCUAUAAGCUUCUGUCUUCAGCUGUUUUACUUCAGAAUCCACUCAUCCCUGCUUUGGCCCAGCACCACCUGCUAUUCUUAGGGUUUCAUUUGCCUUUUAUUUAAAGUGUAUUUAUUGAGUUCCUCUUAAAGCAGAAGUACUGUAGAAACAAUCCAAGAGCUCGCUUGAAUAAAGCGAUGAACAUAUUUUUGUAAGCGUCUAAGAAACGAUGUGCUGUCAGUGCGUGACACGCAGGGCAGCUCGGGACUAUUUGGACUGAUGUUACUGGUUGAUUUUUACAUGCCUAAAUCUAAAAACUCAAUAAAAUCCUAAGUGUUUCUUGUUUUGGUUGAUUAGCGCCCUAAACCGUGCCACAUAACAGAUCUGCUCCCUUUUCCUUCUCUUGGUGUUUUGAAAAUAACAUCGUCCUUUAAUCCCAAUCGCAAUGUGUAAUAUACAAAUGAUCAGUAGAUGGCAGUAUUGUUAGCAAGGAAAAUAAAUGCCAUUCGAAAUCUAAAUAAUUAAACCAUUUCUUUUCCAGCUAAGUCAAUGCGGAAGUAAUGCUGGUCAGGUUAUACCUGUAUUUAAUAGAGAAGCUCUGUCUAGAAUAAAGUUACAAUGGUACGGAAAAGUUCUCCUGUUAUGCAAAAUGGACGCGCAAUGUGUUCCAAAAUGCAGGACGCAGUAAUAUUCAUUUGCACUUUGAAAAAGGUCAGAAUAAUACCUAAUCUAAUCUAACCCCAAACACCUAAUAUUUGACACAAAUGUGUUUAUUAAUAAGACCAAAUUACAUGUGUUGUUCCUCUGAAAUGUUCUAUAUCCUGAUUCCGCGAACAUGGAAAGUUGGUGGCUGUUUUAUUGAAGCGUGAUGAGAGACGCAAGCAUUCCAGCAGUGUGUCACACAUGACAGCAAAUCUGUGAAGCAGCCAAAGGUUAAGAGUUAAACAAUAGAACUUACUGUAUGAGUUACAUGCUGAGGGAAUCAUUGAAUAGCUCUGUGGUGGACACAGUAACAGACAGAUAUUCAAUAUCAUAUGCAACAUGAAGAUCUGAUUGCAAUACGGUUCCAAAAUGUAGAUAUGGACAGAGAUAUUUCAUGGAUUAUACUGCUGCUUUUUUAUGGACUUGACAAGGACAAUGAAAAUAUAUAUAUUUCUUUUCUUCUGUGACAGCGCCAUUCCAAACAGCGAACAGUAAAACUGGUGGAAGGAAUCAGCCACUGUUCAAUUUUCUGAUAUUUAAAAAGUCAAUAGCCGCAAACAAAACACCUUUCCUCAGAGGCACGAUAUAAAAUAUCACAGCUUUCUUUACAACCUAUUUACAGUAUAUAUUACACAUAAUGAACCACAUCCUUAUAAAAUACUGUGACCCAGGAAUAUUUUUUUACAAUAGAAAAAAUGAAAAUGUAACAUUGUUAGCUUGUCUGCAGGAUGUCUUUGAUGUUCACAUGAAGGCGCUUCUGUUUUGACUGAACAGCGUUUGACUGGUGGCAUGGAAACACUGGAUACACUGUGUGUGGAGACGUCCAUCUUAGUGAAGAGUAGUCCCUGUUCAAAGACACGUCUCAAUCUUCAGCAGUUUAGUGCAAGUAAUUCCUUUAGGAAAAGGGAAGCAGAGACUCUCCACUUGUGUUGCUCGUCUUCUGAAGAGUCUUUUUCUCGGGUUAAAAUUGCCCAAAACCUCAUUGAGCAUGGAACUACUGAGGCUGUGCGGCACAGUGGUCCGAUCGAGCGUCCGUUCUGUGAGGAACUAGUGGCUGCUUCGGUUGAGUGGUGGAACUGAAUGAACCCUGUUGCUGUAGAGGGAAAGCCGACAGGAUCAGCUGGGUGGACUGGUUCCCAUGAAGCAACUGAGGACCCUGAAAUGAUGACAGAUUGGCUUGAUCGUGGGAUCUUUGACACCAAACACACAUAGCAAUUCUAAGACAAGUGUCUCAAUGGUCAUAUUUAUGAAUGAGGCUUCCAGAAUGCUUUGCAAGUGCUGCUCCUCUGGGUUCCGUUACUGAGCCUCUCUCUCUUUUGUUCAGUGCGGUCAAAGACUAAGUAUUCGUAUUACAAUCUGGUCUACUUCUCUAAAAGCCUUCCAACCAAACUGACGGUGGAAUAAUGUGAACCUUAAAAUGGAACAGAAAACUCAAAUAGUAUCCAACCUACAAUGGAAUUUCCGUGACAUAAAUGUAGCUGGAAGAGUGUUUAACAGUCAGAGGUGUCACUGGUUCAUUUAUUGUGGGAAUUAAAAACAAACUGAUCUGCAUUGACCUGCUGUUCCUGAGUCGGCUGCUGAGAAAUGCCAAUGGUCUGUGGCUGACCCUGCUGCUGUGUGAACGCCGUCACCACCUGUCCCAUUAACAUAGUGGUGGGGACCAUAACGGCUCCACAAGCCAUCUGUCCAGUCACUAGCUUGGUCAACAGCUGGGGAGCAGCAGGAAACCUGUCAGUCAUGGCGGAGGGAAAAGAGAAGUUGCGUCAAUCUGCAUGAAACUCAUACACUAACAACCAGUGAUGGAAUGCCAUGUUACAUAUUAACCUAUCUGCAUAAGACAUACAGUGCCAAAGUAUCAGGUAAUGCAUUGACAUAGAAGAGGAAACUGAGGCAAACAUUAAUUUGAUUCAAUAAAUAGCCUCAAAGCUUGAAAAUCCACAAUGUCGAUCAUUAAAUGUGUCAGUUUGCUUGACGGGAGAGUUGCAAAACAUGUUUUCAGCGCAGCUUGGAAAAAUGUACAUGUAAAGUAACAGGAAUUAAAAAUGUAAAAUAAAAACUUUUGAACUGAAUACAUCAUAC